UAACGCAGAACAAGAAAAGUCCACUGGGAAGAGGAACGCGACAAGAGAAGAAGGCGAGAGGAAGUUUCUGAAAUAGUGAGGAGUAAAAGUACAUUUGAGGAGUGUGGGGAGAAUAAAUGCGUACAGUGUGCUGGGUGAGUUGUCAGACGGGGGAUGGGGCUCCAAGGAUGUGACUCAGACUCUCUGUCAAAACCAGCGGGGAGGGAACCUGAUGAGAAAAAGGACAGAACGGAGGAGAGCAGGGGUGGAGUGGGGGAAAGAAAACCCGGCCCCUCGAACACCACCCCGACUCUUUGGCAUUCAGCGUCAGCAAAAACCCUAAUGUGAUCAAGAUGGAAGUUGUCUUUGGACUUUUCACUGCUCCCCGGCUUUCUAACUGCCUUUGGGGGCUUCAGUUUUUUUCCGACAGUUUUACAGCGAAGAUCCUGACUGGAGUCCAGAAAAUGGCUUGCAGAAACUAAGACUAAGGACUGCUUACACAAUUAAACGGAUGUCGAGUCACUUGAAAAGAGAUGGAUUCAUAUUUCCCAAACAACUACGCAUUUCUUUCCGUGGAUGAAUGAAAAGAAUAUCUGGUUCUCCACUUUUCCCUGCCCUCAUAAGCAGCUCUAUGGGAUAGCACUGGCUGUCCACCAUGCCAGUAGCCAUACGGAAAAGAAGUUGGGAGGAGCACGUGACUCAUGCUUCAGGAUUACAGUACAGCUAUGAUGAUCUGGACCUGGUCUGCUGUCAUGGGGUGGGCAGCGAGGGGCCUUGGAUGGGAGCAGGGUCUUCAAAACAAGGUCGACGGACGAGGUGUGCCUCCAUGCCUGAGGGCUGCCACCAACUGCCCACACAGGACCUGGCUCAGACACUUGAGGUGACGGCCUCGGUUGUGUGUGAUAACACUGCAUCAGAACAGCUGAAGCUAAUGGACAGUGAUGUAAAAGUUCCAGUGGAUUUGUCAGUUCAUGGUCCUAAUGAGCUGGUGGAUGUUAAUAUUGCCCAUAGGGCCUCUGAAUCAGAGCAUCUCCAUAUCGCAAACAUUGGGAAGUCUGGAGAUUUUCACUGUAACUCAAACAGGGAAAUUAUUUCUUGUGCAAUUUGUAGCAGCAGUCAUACGAAGAAGACUAUCAAUGGUGAAAUUGGCGGUGAGAGUAGCCUGAGUCACAACAUCUGCAAUGACGAUAAUGUCUUUAAAAGUCCACAUAUCUCACGUGAAGGGCAACAAUGCAUCUUUAUCUCUUCCAACAAUGGGCCUCUACUGUCUAGAUUGGCUGGUGAACCGCCUGGCAAACUUCCAAAUCAUCAGGAAACAAAGGAGAGCCAUACAGAGGGUUACAGCAGACCUCCUGAAAUCUCUGAGGCCGCACUAAACCAGUUCUCUGCUGAACUGGAACCUCAAACUGACCUUCCAGAUCUCGAGGGAGAGAAGAUUUCCACUUUUGGCCAUGCUGAUACAAGUGUAACCUUACCGGUCGGUGUGCUACACAGUUCAGUUAAUACGAUGGAGAGUGGUGAUGUGAUGUCACAGGCUAACAACACUGUGGAAACAGUUGUGACUUUAGUGGUAGAGGAAGUAUGUGACAAAGGAGUAUCUGAACACCAGAGCACAGAGGCUGCUGUCAAGCUGGAUGGAUUAAAUGACCCAGAAACUCUAAAUGAAAAUACAGGACUUCACUCAAGCGAGGCACAAGGAGUCGAGCAGGAUCAUCACGACUGUCCUGGGGGUUUGGAUCCGGCUCAUGGUUGUGAAAUAUCCCACCAGGCAUUGUUGGAGCCGUGUAAUGCUGGGAUGACAGCGAUGAAGGGGCCUCAGGGAGAGGAAAGUGCACAAGAAGAAGGCAGCCAGAAAGCAGCAGCAGAGGUCAGGUAUGAGCCAAUCAUAUCAUCCGAUACAUGUUUCAAUGGGCAGUGUUGCUCUGUGACAGUUAACAGCAACAUGUCAUCUGAAAAACUGGAUACUGGAUAUUUAGAAGAAAACCCCAUGCAUACGAAAAUGACCCAGUCUUCAGACCAGUAUGUGGAAACGACGACCUCCAUUAGUCAACCAAUAGAAAACACUGAUGUAAGAGAGUUGGCUUGUUGUGACGAUGAAACCAUAGCCCUGCAGUUGGAUACUAUCCCAGAAGUUAGCUAUGUGGAGCCAGAUGACACCCCUGUACUGGAUCCUCAAAAGAACAUCGCCUCAGAUUUUAACCAAAAUCCACAUGUUCAGCAGUCUCAUAUGGAUGUUAAACAUGCAGGAUCCGAACAGCAAACUGAAAACUUGCCACCGUGCCCUGCUGAGGUCAACGAUGAGCUCUCACCAGGGGGACUCCAUGGCAACCAAGCCCUUGGUUGUUACCUCAGUGAGUCACCUGCCUCCGAGGUGGCAGAUGGUCAGAGGGAACACCAGAGGCCGGGAGCCACAGUCUCGAGAAUGGACGUGCACGCCGUUAUUCACAAUGACACACAACUUGCCAGUCCAGCUUUAGAAGGAACGAAUGAAGCUGGAGAUCCAAAAGUGGACGGCGUGGUCCAAGUGCGUAUGAGAAAGCGUGAGCAUGCUCGUCUGGACUCAAUGGUGUUGCUGUUGAUGAAGCUGGACCAGUUGGACCAGGAAAUAGAGAAUGCCCUCAGUGCCACCUCCUCCAUGGACAGCACGCCAACCCUUCAUCGACGACCACUCCAGGAGUUUGAUUUAGGAUCUGUGCCAGCAGCAUCACAAAAUCCUCCACAUCCACAUCUUCUUGCUGCCUGCACCUCAGGACCUACACCAGCCCUUGGAGCGAAACCUAAGAGUGGGAGCACAUCUACCAUUCCUGAGACAGAACAAGCUGAGAUCGAAGCCAAAGAGGCCUGUACCUGGCUCCGAGCAGCAGGGUUCCCACAGUACGCCCAGCUUUAUGAAGACCCUCUCUGUUUAGAUGCCCUAUUCCCCAUCGACAUCUCUUCAGUCACCAGAGACCAUGACUUCCUUGACCGGGACGCUAUUGAGGCUCUCUGCAGGAGACUGAACACCCUCAACAAGUGUGCUCUAAUGAGACUGGAGAUAUCACCGCAAAGAAAAAGAAGCGAGGACUCUGAUGAGGACGAGCCUUGUGCCAUCAGUGGCCGCUGGACCUUCCAGAGGGACAGCAAGCGCUGGUCCCGUAUGGAGGAGCUGGAGGUUUUUUCCACAUUGCCCACGGACGCUGCCCCACCCUCAUUCCCCAAGGAUCAGAUAUCCCAGAAAGGCAAGCUCGCCCUGCUUGAAGGCAAUAGUUCAGAGAGUGUGCUGACCGACCUCAGUGAGCAGCCGGAAGUGGGCUCCAUCCACAGCAGUGGAAGUAGAGGAAGAGGAGAAGAGAAGAGCCACGGAAGAGAAGAACCUGCUCUGACAAAUGAAGCCGUACCCACCGGUGCCACUCGUGCCAGCUCUGUAGCUAGCAUGUGUUCGUCCUCGGGCACGGGCGGGUCGGGAUGUGUUAAUGAGGACUCUCUGUCUGAUGGGAUGCCUCCAUCACCCCUGGAGACACUCGGACAGUUCACCUUUGAUAUGAAAGCAGGGAUGGGGGGGCAGGGAGGAAGUCUGGACAUUGGAGGUGACAGCGGCAAAAGCACACGAUCAAGAGCUAAGAGCUUCCUCAAGAGGAUGGAGAGUCUACGGCUGCGCAGCGGCACCUCCUCCAAGAGAAAGAAGAAGGUGAGCGCCAGUGGAGGGAAGAUAGAAAUCAGUGGCCCUGUCAUCAAAGAGGGUCUGGAUGAUGACAAGUUGCGGAGGCUCAACUGUGUGGACAUCUCCAGUAUCAACCUCAACCAGAACCUCAAUCACCAACGCAAUCCCACUCAGACGAUGACGCUUAACCGGAAUCGCUCUGUAUCCUACUCCACUCAGACCAGCAACGGCAGCACUGGAAGUACUGGGAGCAGCCAGUCUGAAGCUAGCAGUGAAAGUGCAGUGAGCACACCGAGCCCAGUGACUCGCGCUCGCAGCCACAGCACAGUGGCGGGCUCUAGUAAGAGGGGAGGAAUGUAUUUGGAGGGUUUUGAUCCUUUCAGCAUUCCCCAACAAGAUUCAGAUCGACAGCCAACACCCCCACCCAAAUCUGCCCCACCCAUCCCCUGCCAAGCUAGUAAAGGGAGAACAGUUGAUGAGCAAAAUAACAGGAACAACUGCAGUGUUCGAGACAAUAGCAGACAAGCGGAAGAAGAAGAAGAAGAAGAGGAGGGAGAGGACGGCAUGAUCUUCUUCUUCUUACCAGAAGGUCACAAGCCUGGAACCUUCCCCAAGGCCCUGCAGGAUGGGAGUUCACGCAAUAACAAUGGGAAUGAUAACGGGAACUCAGUGAUCCUCAGGGGGCGGCAAAGUAGACGCCAGCGCCAUUGCUCUUCAGGCUCUGUCGACAGUCGGCUCAGUUUUUAUGACAACGUCCCCUACAAUGAGAGGGAGGAGGAGGAGGGAGAGGAGGAAGAGGGGGAUGAACGGAAACUGGAGCAAGUGCUACAACACGUCAGUGGUUUGCAGCGGUUUGUUAAUGCCUGGUCAGAGGUUGUGGCCUGCGAAGAGGAGGAAGAGGAGGAGGAGGAAGAGGAGGAAGGAGACUCAGAUUCGGCACUGGACUCAGCCUCCCCGUGCCCGUCCUCUCCUCUGCAGAACCGACUGGAGGAGACAGAGAAUGGAAGUGACCAAGACAGCACAGGAAACCCGCUGGGAGAGGGAGAGGAAGGGAUGAGAGAGAGAAGAGACUCUGGUGUCGGGGCAUCUCUAACCAGAACCAGCAGACCACAGAAACUCCGCUGGCCGAGCUUCCAGAACUCCCACCGGCCCAGCUUGGCCUCGGCCCAGCUCCAGAUUAGCUGCCAAUCUGUUCUACAGAUGAAUCUGCUCCAGAAGUUCUCCCUGCUGCAGCUCACUGCUCUGCUGGAGAGACACACCCCUACAAACAAACAUGGUUUCAGCUGGGCUGUGCCAAAGUUUAUGAAGCGCAUCAAGGUUCGGGACUACAAAGACAGGAAUGUGUUCGGUGUGCCACUACAAGUCAUCGUCCAGCGAACAGGCCAGCCCCUCCCUCAGGGAAUUCAGCAAGCCAUGCGCUAUUUACGCAACCAAUGUCUUGACCAGGUGGGACUUUUCAGGAAAUCAGGCGUUAAAUCUCGUAUCCAAGCUCUCCGUCAGAUGAAUGAGGCGAGCGGCGUAGAUGGGGGAGGCGUCAACUACGAGGGCCAAUCGGCUUAUGACGUUGCAGACAUGCUGAAGCAGUACUUCAGAGAUUUACCAGAACCCCUGCUCACGAGCAAGCUGUCUGAGACCUUCCUCCAGAUUUAUCAAUACAUGCCGAAGGAGCUCCGUCUGCAGGCAGCGCGUGCUGCCGUGCUGCUGCUGCCCGAUGAGAACCGCGAGGCGCUGCGGACGCUGCUGUGUCUGCUGAGCGAUGUGACGGCCAGCGUGUCUGAGAACCAGAUGACUCCCACCAACCUGGCUGUUUGUCUGGCCCCGUCCCUCUUCCACCUCAACACCCUGCGCCGCAAGGAGAGCUCCUCGCCACGGGUGAUGAACAGGAAGCAGACACUGGGAAAGCCGGACCAGAGAGACCUGAAUGAGAACCUGGCUGCCACUCAUGGCCUGGCACACAUGAUUCAGGAGUGCAGCAAACUCUUCCGGAUGCCAGAGGAGAUGAAUCGCUGCAGGAACUCCUAUGUGGAGCAGGCGUUGCUCCCGCGCCGCUUGCAGGAACUCGCCGGUGAGGAGGCCGGGCCGGGAGGUUACAGGGUCUGCCUGCAGGAAAGCCUAGACGCCCUCCUCAAAGACGCCAAGGACAAGUUUAAAGGUUACGACAGCUGCUCCACACCUGAGCAUGCAGAACUUGCCUGUAGGAAGGUGCAUGAUGGUUUUCCACUGCGGCUGUGGAAGGUGACCGUGGAGGUGCCUGCGAGUCCUGAGGAGGUUCUCAUGCGAGUGCUGCGGGAGCAGGGCUACUGGGAUGAGGACCUGCUGGAGAGCCGGGUGGUGGAGACCCUGGAUGAGAGGACAGAGGUCUACCAGUAUGUCAGGAAUACCAUGGCACCACAUCCCACCAGAGACCACCUGGUGCUCAGAACGUGGGUAACGGACCUGCCGAAGGGAGCGUGUGCACUGGUGUGUACAUCUGUGGACCAUGAAGGCGCACGUGUUGUGGGCGUCCGGACCAAUGUCCUCACCUCUCGCUACUUCAUCGAGCCCUGUGGAACCAACAAAUCCAGACUCACACAUAUUUCCAGGAACGACUGCAGGGGUCGUUUCCCAGAGUGGUACAAUAAACUAUAUGGACACUUGUGCGCUGCUGAGGUGGCGCGGAUACGUGACUCAUUCACAGUGCCCAUGGACAAAUAAGAAAGCAGUGUGCAAUUUGGACAACAGCGCCUUUGAAACAUCAUUUGGAUUCGACAGAGGACUCAAAAUGACUCAUUCCACCAGAGAGGAAGAUGGGGUGCAAGCCUCUUUAUAGUCAGAUUUUAAGGACAAAUCCUGGAUCCUGGAUUGAAGGAAUGUUUUGCUUUGAUUUUGUGACAACAGACUGACAUCAUCGUUUAAAACUGUUCCGUUUGGGCGCUCAGUGUGCUGCCAAGAGGACUUGUGACACACAAAAAACUUAUCUGGGCCAAAAGACAUGAUGUCGCUGAUACAGGAUGUGAUCCAAAGGGUGCUGUAGCUUCUGAGAAGCAUGUGUGUGUGUGUGUGUGUGUGUGUGUGUGUGUGUGUGUGUGUGUGUGUGUGUGUGUGUGUGUGUGUGUGUGUGUGUGUGUGUGUGUGUGUGUGUGUGUGUGUGUGUGUGUGUGUGUGUGUGUGUGUGUGUGUGUGUGUGUGUGCGUGUUCAAAGCAACAAACGGUUAUUAGAUACAUAUUCUUCCCACUGGUUUUCCAGUGGCAGCAUAAUGUGUACAUACAGUAUUCUGUUCACAGUCGUGGUAUGUGUCUGUCUUGUGUUAGCUCUGUCCCGUUAUUGUGUUACAGCAUGGCACAGGAGGAAUAUAGACAAUAUUAUGGUCAGUUGAUUGAUGGAUCCAUGAGUGAAGAAAGAUGUGAAUUUGCUGGUAAUAUGCAGAGUGAGUAUAGAGACAAUAGGCGGGAUAGAGUGGGAUGACAGGUGGCUGAUAGCAGGGUUUAAGUGUUUCAGGAGAGGAAGUCAAAGACGGAUGAGAAUCGGUGGCUGGCACACCAAAAAGAGAGUGAACUAGCAAAGAAAUGGCCUCAUUUCCAAACAUACACAUAUACAUCCAUUCAUGUUGCCCUUGAAGAUGCGAGGGCAACAUGAGUUUCUGUGCUAGCAACAUGACAUAGUAGAAACAUAAUAGAAACAGUCAAAGGAAGUGGUUGUGACCGAGACAAGGAAUGUUGCAUAUUUUACAGGAUCACACCAACAAAGCUAGAAUUUAAUACCAACAGAUCUAGCUAUAUUAAUGGACCAAAUUUUUAAAAAAGAAGCUAAAACAAGUAGCUUUCAAAUAUUGAGCUUUUCCUCAAGAGCACAGUCAAUUCACUUUUUUAUUGUUUAAGGAUGGACUUGUAUAGGUUUUGAAAAAUAAGACAAAUAUUGAUUUCACAAUAAUUUUGAUGUACAUGAGAACAGACAACAACAAUGCACUGUUCUAACUUGCAACAGAAACCUCCGGCUAGUCAUAUAAAGAUGAGAAGUAAACAGACAAAAUGGGCCUUUUAUAAAGGUGGAGAUUUUACAGGUUUUACUGUAAAGAAGAGGGCAGAUUGAAUGUUUGUGUGAUUUCAAAGGAAGGAAAACGAUCUUUGUGUAAGCUUCUUUCUCUGUACUGUCGUGUCAGUGUUUAAAAAGAAGUAAGAGAUUUAGGUCCUCAUGACCUUCUUCAUUCAUAACACUCACGCUUCAAUCUGAGGGCGCGCAUAUUUCGUGUUGAGUUGUAUGAUUAAUUCGCUACGCCAUUGUUCAUAUCGUAAACGUUCGUACCUUUAACUGUGUCUCCGCCAAAUAAUAACGCAUGACAAUUAGUUAAUUUAAAACAAAUAUAUUUAUACCUCAGAUAUAUGUUUGUUUUGUAUCAUACCAUUUUAUUUUAUUGUAAAUGUUAAGCUUUGUGUUACAGAAAUGAACAAAUGUUUUAUCUUUUUUAUUAAUAUUAUUUCUGUACAGGUUAAUCAAAGUGCACUAUUAAAUGUAUUAAAAUAAGAAA